AUGGUCGCCUCAAGUGCGUCACCAAAAUCAAAGAUUCCUCUCGAGCGCGAUGAUGAAGGCCACCCACGGUUCAAAGGUUGCUCUUCAAUCCGUGAAUAUGAAUUUCUAGGGAAGCUUGGUGAAGGCACCUUUGGGGAGGUCUACAAGGCUCGGUCUAAGCAAAGUGGAUCAAUUGUUGCCUUGAAAAAGAUUUUGUUACACAACGAGAAAGAUGGGUUUCCUAUUACUGCCCUUCGCGAAAUUAAGCUACUUAAGGUGUUGUCGCAUAAAAAUGUUAUUCAGUUGGAGGAAAUGGCGGUAGAAAGGAGCAGGGGUGAGGGCCGCAAAAAGCCUUCCAUGUACAUGGUGACACCAUAUAUGGAACAUGAUUUAGCUGGUCUUCUGGAGAACCCAAAUGUGCAGCUUACCGAACCCCAGAUUAAAUGUUACAUGUUGCAGCUUCUAGAAGGAUUACGAUACCUCCAUGAGAAUAACAUACUUCACCGUGACAUGAAAGCCGCAAAUCUUUUGAUAAGUAACAAAGGGAUCCUCCAAAUUGCAGACUUUGGUUUAGCCAGACCUUAUGAUGGUCCUCCUCCAGCUCCUGGUAAAGGCGGAGGGGAGGCUGUCAGGGACUAUACCUCACUCGUCGUGACCCGAUGGUAUCGUCCUCCUGAACUGUUACUUCAGCUUCGACGCUAUACCACUGCGAUAGAUAUGUGGGGAGCAGGGUGCGUUUUUGGCGAAAUGUUCAAGGGGAAGCCUAUUCUUGCUGGGAGUAGUGACUUAAAUCAGGCCCAACUAAUAUUCAAUCUUGUUGGGUCCCCAACAGAAGACAGCAUGCCUGGUUGGAACGCUCUUCCCGGAUGUGAAGGUGUCAAAGCGUGGGGUUCCAAACCAGGAAAUCUGUCGACUAUUUUCAGAGAACAAGGCCCCGGGGUGAUAUCUUUGCUCUCCGAGUUGCUCAAAUUAGACUGGCGUAAAAGAAUAAACGCUAUCGAUGCAUUAAAACACCCUUAUUUUUUAAACCCGCCUUUCCCUGCUCACCCUGGUGAUUUACCCCAGUUCGAAGAUUCCCAUGAGCUUGAUAGAAGAAAAUUUCGUGGCCAGAAAGCGAUACCUCCUGCCCCAGCUGGUGGAUCCGUUGGAUUGGGCGCCAACGGUGAAUGGACAUCAGGCUCGGGCGUAAGAGUUCCACCAGAUCCAAAGCUGAAUAGUCGGAUACCACAUGCUGCACGCGGUGGCGCCGUUCGGCCACAAUAUGAUGGGCGUGCCUCCGACCCCCCACGCGGUCACAAGCGGCAGGCAUCCGAUGAGAAACUCCCCAGAUCUCGCGAUACUGGCCCGCAUCCUUCUCAAAGAAUACCUGGGCAGCCGCUACCUGGCAGGCCAAACGCUGCUCCAUGGCGAGGUGGUGAUCGUCGCGACCGAGGCGGAGAACGUUGGCAACGCCAACGACCUGAUACUAGUGGUGAUUCCUAUGUUCCAUUCUAUGACCAUGAUCCUGCGGCAGCAGACCGAAGGGAUAAUAGUACUAAUGCUGAUAAUCGAACCCGUGCAGACUCCCGCGGGGAGCGAUUCUACCGACCUAGUCGAAGUAAAAGCCCUGAGGGGCCACGAAGUCGUGCCGGCGAUAAUGAUACGUAUAAUGUCUAUCGACGCUAA